AGGACUGGUGUUAACCGCUUGAUUGCAUGAAUGCAAAGAGGGGAGAAGAGUAAGGAAUAAUAUUAUGUUGCAGUUUAACAGUCAGCAAGAGUUUCUUUUCCUAAAACAUAAAGGCAGAGAGAUGGAAGCACCAAACAUCCUUCCGCGGCCCAGCAAGGGGAAGGAAAAGGAAGUCGUUCAUGUAGACAAGCAGAGUGGUACCUCUGCAACCACUGCCUUGAACACCCAGCCCCUGCUGCAACUAGGACCUGAGGGGAAUUACAACUAUUAUGUGGAUGAUGAAGAUGAGGAAGAUGAAGAGAAAGAAGAAGGAAAUUGGCAACAUGAAGAUGCAUUUAAGGGCGAAAGCAAGGCCUCAUCGUUUAUUCCUUGUUCCCCUGCUCUUUCCUCUAGAUCCCCGGCCACAUCAUCUACUCCAUCCGUGCUGAACAUCAAUGUUGGUGGCCAGAGUUACCGCCUCACCUACCAGGCAGUGGCCAUCUACCCCAAGACGCGCCUGGGCCGCCUGGCUACCUCCACUGACCGCCGCUGCCAGCUGGGCCUGUGCGACGACUACGCUGACCAGGUGGAUGAGUACUUCUUUGACCGGGACCCAGCUGUCUUCCAGCUGGUGUACAAUUUCUAUGCCUCGGGGGUGCUGCGGGUGAGGGAUGAGCUGUGCCCCCGCAGCUUCCUGGAGGAGCUGAGCUACUGGGGCGUGCGCCUCAAAUACACACCCCGCUGCUGCCGCAUCUGCUUCGAGGAGCGCCGGGACGAGCUGAGCGAGCAGCUGAAGGUGCAGCGGGAGCUGCGCUCCCAGGCAGAGGCUGAGGAGAAUGAGCAGCUCUUCCGCCACAUGCGCUACUAUGGGCCCCAGCGCUGGCGCCUCUGGAACCUCAUGGAGAAGCCCUUCUCCUCUGUCACUGCCAAAGUGAUGGCAGUGGCCUCCAGCUUCUUCGUCCUCAUUUCCGUGGUUGCCCUGGCACUCAACACAGUAGAGGAGAUGCAGCAGGUAGACUGGAAGAGUGGGGAUAGCCGGCCUGUCUUGGAGCAUGUGGAGACUUUGUGCAUUGCAUUCUUCACAUUGGAGUACCUGCUGCGCUUGGUCUCUACCCCAGACCUGCGCCGCUUUGCCAGCAGUGCCCUCAAUGCAGUAGACCUCAUUGCCAUCCUGCCCCUCUAUCUGCAGCUGCUGCUUGAAUGCUUUACUGACGAUGACCAGCCCCGGGGUCGGGGCUCCCAACACGAGCACGAUAUCGAGAAGGUGGGGCGAGUGAGCAAGGUAGGACAAGUGCUUCGCAUCAUGCGCCUCAUGCGCAUCUUCCGCAUCCUCAAGCUGGCCCGCCACUCCACAGGGCUGCGUGCCUUCGGCUUUACCUUGCGCCAGUGCUACCAGCAGGUGGGCUGCCUUUUGCUCUUCAUUGCUAUGGGCAUCUUUGCCUUCUCUGCCAUGGUCUACACAGUGGAGCACGAUGUCUCCAGUACCAACUUCACCAGCAUUCCCCAUGCUUGGUGGUGGGCUGCCGUCAGCAUCUCUACAGUGGGAUAUGGAGAUAUGUGUCCAGAAACGCACCUUGGACGCCUGUUUGCUUUCCUCUGCAUUGCUUUUGGAAUAAUCCUGAAUGGCAUGCCCAUCUCCAUCCUCUACAAUAAGUUCUCAGACUAUUACAGCAAGCUGAAGGCCUAUGAGUACACAGCUCUCAAGAAAGAAAGAGGGAAGGUCGACUUCACACGGAGAGCCAUGAGGAAAAUAUCUGAGUGCUGCGGAGAAGGUGCACCCCACCCUUUGUCACAGCAAUGAUAGUUUGUGCUUCUUUGGAUAUGGGGAGGCAACCAAGAAGCUGAAGGAGAAAAAGGAAAAACAAAUCAGCCAAAAGAUAAACUAAAAGGGCCAAAAGUAACAAAAGUAGAUGGUGAAAUCUGUUUUGAAGGGAGUUGUUUUCAAAAUUAAAACGGCUCAGAUUAAAACAACAGAAUUUUUUAACUCUGAUAGCCUGUGAGCAGCACUUGAAUGCUCAUCAACUCUCUGAAAUGAAUUCCUUCAGAUUAAACACUCUGAAUAAGUCUCACAUUAAGAUAUAGCCCCCUGCUACUGAUUAGAUUGACAAUAAAGACCCACCAUAAUUGUACAAACACAAAACAAAUUGUUGUCAUUAAGGGUCAGCCACCUUACUUCUGCCAUGGCAGUGUCAAAAAUUAAACUAAUAGAAUACCCGAUAUACUGACUGUGUCACUUAAAUUGGUUUUACAUCAGCUUUCAAUUAGAGGAAAAUGGCCUAGAGCACUUACCUAAAUAUUAGCAGCAGCUAUAAUCCCUAAAAUGUCAGCCUCUGUUUCCAUUGACAGAUAGCUAUGCUUCAUUGUUCUAAUUUUAUUUUUCAAAUGCAGCCCUGCAAAUGAGCCCUCCUGUUUUCAUGCCUAGUCAAGCAAUGCACUGUUUUUAGCAUUUCCCAC